AUGCUUUCAAAUAAAACCAAUCAUCAAACAAAUGACGGGAAAAAUUUGAUUACCUCAGAAUCCAAUCCUGAACAGACUUCUUCGCUUGAUGAGCCAGAUACCCUUCAACAUUCUCAAUCUGACACUUUUAUUAAUUACAAACCUCCAAGACUUCGUUGUGGUCUGGAACAUCCAGAUGAAGUUGUCGAGACCCUUUCGCUAAGCAGUGUUUCUUCGCCUGAGAUACGUUAUACUUUGGCUAUUCCUGAUGAAUUGAUUGAUUCCGGCAAAAUUUCUGCCCUUCAACUCGAAGCAGUCCUUUAUGCAUGUCAAGCACAUGAAAGAUUUUUACCUUCUGGAGAACGCUGCGGAUAUUUAAUCGGAGAUGGAGCAGGUGUCGGAAAAGGCCGAACAAUAGCCACAAUAAUUUUCGAAAAUUUUUUGAGAGGGCGUCGAAAAGCAAUUUGGGUCAGCGUUUCUUCAGACUUGAAAUUUGACUCUGAACGGGACAUGCGAGACAUUGGAGCGUCCAAAAUUCCAAUCCAUGCACUAAAUAAAAUGAAAUAUUCAAAAAUCAAUCACCCAGAAAAUGGGUCAGUAAAUAAAGGAAUCAUUUUUGCAACCUAUUCUUCUCUAAUUGGUGAAAGCAAAAAUCAAAAAGGUGCUGAAUACAAUACACGUCUCAAACAAAUUGUUCAAUGGUGUGGAAGAGAUUUUGAAGGAGUUGUGGUUUUUGAUGAAUGCCAUAGAGCAAAAAACCUUUGUCCGUCAGCGGGUACUCGUUCAACAAAAACGGGAAGAGUUGUGUUGGAAUUGCAACAAGCUUUGCCUACGGCGAGGAUUGUUUACGCUUCUGCAACGGGGGCUACAGGUUUUUUUUUAAAUUUUUUAAAGCUUCCGGAAAAAAUAAGGGGUGAUUGGCUUCAGAAUGGGAUUUUACCACUAAAUAGACUGGCCAAGUUCUUAGGAUUUAUGUCACCCAGAGGGGAGAUCCAAGUAUUCCUUGGGUUCCUGGACAUUUCCUCACUAAUGGUUUAG